GCGGUUCGCGCCGUGCUUCAGUCAGUCAGGGAAUGAUCGUGCUUAGCUCCAUUACUACCGCUUCCAUUGAAGCUCCGCGACUCCGAACUCGCUUUGUGUUACGAUUGCGCCGCUAGUUAGUGAAUAGUAAAUAGUGAAUCCGACGACCUGCGUACGAUCCAAGCGCCGUAACUCUUUGUUAAUUACAUUGCCAAAGCGACAGAGGUUGCUCAAAACCCAGCGACUGGUGAAAUCUAAAAUCAGAUAUCCGAAAUCGGAAAUCGAAAUUGGAAAUCCGAAUCGAAAGCCUUCGUUGUCACACUUUUGCUUUUGGACAGGGAAAUCCAUUCACAUUCACAGUCGGGUCAAGAUGGCAACGCAAAAGGAAGAUCACACCGCCCUGGAUCUCAUCAUUAAGUCACUCAAGUCGCCGACCAUGGUCUGCGAGGGUACCCACUUCGACGGCAAGAUCCCGCACACGUUCGUCAUCUUUGGGGCGUCGGGCGAUCUGGCCAAGAAGAAGAUCUACCCAACACUCUGGUGGCUCUACCGCGACGACCUGCUACCCAAGCCGACCAAGUUCUGCGGCUAUGCCCGCUCCUCGCUGACGGUCGAUAGCCUCAAGGCGCAGUGCCUGCCGUACAUGAAGGUCCAGGCGCACGAGCAGGAGAAAUACGAGGAGUUCUGGACUCUCAACGAGUACGUAUCCGGCAGAUACGACGGACGCACUGGCUUCGAGCUGCUCAACCAGCAGCUGGAGCUGAUGGAGAACAAGAACAAGGCCAACCGCAUCUUCUACCUGGCCCUGCCGCCCAGCGUCUUCGAGGAGGUGACAGUGAACAUCAAGCAGAUUUGCAUGUCGGUCUGCGGUUGGAACCGCGUAAUUAUCGAGAAGCCCUUCGGACGGGAUGACGCCUCCUCGCAGGCGCUGAGCGACCACCUGGCCGCUCUGUUCCACGAGGAUCAGCUGUACCGCAUCGAUCACUACCUGGGCAAGGAGAUGGUGCAGAACCUGAUGACCAUACGCUUCGGCAACAAGAUCCUAAGCUCGACGUGGAACCGCGAGAACAUUGCCUCCGUGCUGAUCACGUUCAAGGAGCCCUUCGGCACGCAGGGACGUGGCGGCUACUUCGACGAGUUUGGCAUCAUCCGCGACGUGAUGCAGAACCAUCUGCUGCAGAUCCUGUCGCUGGUGGCCAUGGAGAAGCCGGUGAGCUGCCACCCGGAUGACAUCCGUGACGAGAAGGUCAAGGUGCUGAAGAGCAUCGAGACCCUGACGCUGAAGGACAUGGUGCUGGGCCAGUACCUGGGCAAUCCGCAGGGCACCACCGACGAUGCGCGCACGGGCUACGUGGAGGACCCCACCGUUAGCGAUGACUCGAACACGCCCACCUACGCCCUUGGCGUGCUCAAGAUCAACAACGAGCGCUGGCAGGGCGUGCCCUUCAUCCUGCGCUGCGGCAAGGCGCUGAACGAGCGCAAGGCAGAGGUGCGCAUCCAGUACCAGGACGUGCCCGGCGACAUCUUCGAGGGCAGCACGAAGCGCAAUGAGCUGGUCAUCCGCGUUCAGCCGGGCGAGGCGCUGUACUUCAAGAUGAUGACCAAGAGCCCUGGCAUCACCUUCGACAUCGAGGAGACGGAGCUGGACCUCACCUACGAGCACCGCUACAAGGACUCCUACCUGCCGGACGCCUACGAGCGGCUCAUCCUCGACGUCUUCUGCGGCUCCCAGAUGCACUUCGUCCGCUCGGACGAGCUGCGCGAGGCGUGGCGCAUCUUCACGCCCAUUCUGCACCAAAUCGAGCGGGAGCGCAUCCGGCCAAUCACCUACCAGUACGGAUCGCGCGGUCCCAAGGAGGCGGACCGCAUGUGCGAGGAGAACAACUUCAAGUACUCCGGCUCCUACAAGUGGCACGGCGGCAAGGCGGCCACGGCCAAUCUCUGAACGAUCGGAGCACACCAAUCCGGGCUGGGUUAGCAGGAUACUCCUCUCUGUCCUCACGUACAUGUACAUAUAUAUAUGUAUUCUUUGGUUAUUUGUAAUUCUCUUUGGUCUGUACAAGAAUUUUUUUAUUAAAUAUACGAAAUAGUGUUUAGCUGGA